GCGGUCGCGGAUCAAGACCCAGGGCGCCUCAUUCGAGGUCAGCCCCCCCCAGCGACACCAGGGGGGGGGCGCCACACGGUCGCAGGAUGACCUACACGAUGCUGGCGGAGCUCUCGGAGAAAUCGCCCUCCGAGGUGGCCAUCACCCUCUCCUCCUCUCCUGCCUUUCAAGCGCUCCUGGAGGAGCGAGAUAUCCGGCAUGACCUCGUGCAGCUGGUUUGCUCUGCCCUGAGCAGGGCCUUCCAGUCGCGCGUGGAUAGGAGCACGGUCCAGCACCUUGCUGGUGUGGUGAAGGACAGCGGGUUCCUGCGCACCAUCCUCCCGCAAUACGUAGGUGGAAUGAGUUCAGAGUCCGACCCCACCCGGAGGGAACAGUACCCGCAGCACUUUGACAACAUGAUAGCUGUCCUGUCUAAGGUGCUCAGCAUCUUCCCAGCCAGCUCAGUCCAGGCUGUGUCUGUACUGGUGGUUCUCUUGCGGGCCUCUCUCAUUGGCCUGAGGGACUCUGGGGUUGACAUCGCACGUCCAACUGAAGAAAAGCUGGAAGACAUCCAGGCUUUAAGCCUGCAACUCCAAGAGAGAUCCAGGGAGGGAAGCCUGCGUUCAGACCGGGACCUCCUUCCACUCUUAUCCGACCAACUCGACAACCAAGGUGAGGAAGAUCUGGAGAACUUUCGUACAAUACCCAUCUAUCCAACCAGAGAGGAGUUCCAUGAAAAUAAGACACCCUACCUGAGGCCCAACGCCACUACUCGCCAAUACGCCAACACAGAAACCUACCUCGACACGCACUUCCGACUGCUGAGAGAGGACUUUGUGCGGCCUCUACGUGAGGGGAUCCAGAGAUUGAUCUCGAGCGAUUUGGACCAGGGGAAGAAUACCCAGCAGCUUAAGAAGGAGCGCUUCAACGACAUCAGUGUGUACUUUGACGCCAAACUGGAGUCGCCUCUGUGCACUCGUUCAGGCUUAGCCUAUGUUAUCAAAUUUGACGUUGAGCCUCUGAAGUUUGUUCGCUGGGAAAGCUCAAAGCGGUUACUCUAUGGUUCUUUGUUGUGCAUGUCGUGUGACAAUUUUGAGAGCAUCCUGUUUGCUACAAUAUCUGAACGAGAGCUGAAAGACGUGAAGAAAGGCAUAAUUCAGGUCAUCUUUUCUGAUGAGAGCAAACAAAAGCUGGCAACCAUGCAGACCAAUCUGCCGUUUCUGAUGGUGGAGACGUCUGCCUACUUUGAGGCCUACCGCCAUGUUCUGGAGGGCCUGCAGGAAGUACAGAGAGAUGAGCUUCCCUUUCAGAGGUAUAUAGUGGAGUGCAGCCCAGAUGUGCAACCCCCACGGUAUCUGAGGGAAAACGACAUGUACAACCUGGAACAGGUGGCAGACCCUAAGAAGAACCAGAAGAUCGAGCCCUUUCACUGCCUCAGGCCUGCUGACUGGCCUGCCAAGGAGACCCUCGACCUGGACGAGUCUCAGAUGGAAGCCUUUCAAUUGGCUCUCACUCAGGAGCUAGCCAUCAUACAAGGACCCCCUGGCACUGGGAAGACCCAUGUCGGCCUUAAAAUCGCCAAGGCUCUGUUGACCAACCAGGGACUCUGGAGUGCCGGUCAGGAGGCUGCGCCAAUGCUUGUCGUGUGUUACACAAACCACGCUUUGGACCAGUUCCUGGAGGGUAUCCAUACAUUUCUAAGAAAAGGCAUUGUAAGAGUUGGGGGCCGGAGCAACAGCGAGAUCAUAAAGCCCUUCAACCUUAAACAUCUAAUGGAAGCCUUCCGCAAGGGGAAUUUGGAUAUAAACAUGCCCAAUCACCUACGAAAUGCUUUUACAGAGUGCAGUCAGAAGGGGGUCCUCCGGGAGAACAUUCUACAAGAAUACAUUUCAGAUAGACACUGGCCCAGUCUGGAACAUCCUGCAAGUUUCAUCUUUGGCUGGUACAAAGAGCUGCAUUCAAGAGAAAAAAGGCAGAGUCAGAUGGUUGAGUGGUUGGAAUUAGGUACCACAUUCUUCCAGCAGGAAGUGGAAGAGGAAGCCCAUGAAGACAUUGAAUCGGACCCAGAAGCGGAAGAGGAUGAGAUUAUCCAGAUCGCUGAGGAAGCAGACCGGAUUCACAAUGAGCGAUUUAUCGAAGUCGGCUUUGAGCGUCCAAAUUUGAGGAUGAUAAGGCUGCAGGAAGUGCACCAGGCAGAGGAACAGAUUCUGGCAAUGAACUUUAAGAAUGUCCGCCGACAGAAGGGCCAGAGUGACCAGGAAUGGCAGAUGCAAAGAAACCAGAGGAAAUGUAUGAAGAGAAAAUUCCGGAAGGAACUGGAUAAGGAAUCAGAUAUGACUGAAGCAGAGGAAAUGGCCAUAUUAGACGUUCGGCAACUGAGUUUGGCAGAACGAUGGAGACUUUAUCGGCUAUGGGUGUCACGCUACAGGUCUUUUCUGCAAGAUCAACUUCAGAAGUCCAUGGAGGAAUACCAGAACACGGUGGAAAGGUUGGAGGAGGUGCGGCUCAACGAGAAAAUCAGUCUCCUCCGCAACGCCAAGGUCAUCGGCAUGACGACCACAGGGGCGGCCAAGUUCCGUAAGAUCUUGCAGGAAGUGCGUCCGCGGCUGGUGAUAGUGGAGGAGGCUGCUGAGGUGUUGGAGGCCCACACCAUCACCUCUCUGAACCCAGAGUGUCAGCACCUCAUCCUCAUCGGAGACCACCAGCAGCUGCGGCCUAGUGCUACAGUGUACGAUCUGGCAAAGAAUUUCAAUCUGGAGGUUUCCAUGUUCGAGAGGCUGGUGAAAUCUGGUUUCCCUUUCGUCAGGCUCAACUAUCAGCAUCGCAUGAGGCCCGACAUCGCCCGCCUCCUGACUCCUCACAUCUACCCCGAGCUGGAGAACCACCCUUCAGUCAUGGACUACGACAAUGUCAAGGGCAUCCAAACCAAUCUGUUCUUCCUGGAGCACAGCCACCUAGAGGAAAACCUCAGGGAUGGGAAAAGUCACGAGAACAAACAUGAAGCCAUGUUUGUAGUUGCUCUGUGUCGCUACCUUCUGAUGCAGGACUACAAUCCAGAACAGAUUACUAUCCUCACCACGUACAGCGGACAGCUAUUCUGCCUGCGCAAUAUGAUGCGCUCCUCCGAGUUUGUAGGGGUCAAAGUGCAUGUGGUUGACAAGUACCAAGGGGAGGAGAACGACAUUGUCUUGCUGUCUCUGGUCCGCAGCAACACCAUGGGCAGUGUGGGCUUCUUGAGCAUCCCCAACCGUGUCUGCGUGGCAUUAUCACGCGCCAAGAAAGGCCUCUACUGCAUUGGAAACAGUGCAAUACUGAGCAAAGUCAAACUGUGGAGCAAUAUCUUCGGCACCUUGAAAGAGAACGAUCAGAUGGGCAAAGCGCUCACUCUGUGCUGUCAGAACCACCAAGUAAAACAGAUUCAGGCCGCCUGCGCUGAGGACUUUAAAAAAGCCCCCGAAGGGGGGUGUUUGAUGCCUUGUGAGUUCCGCUUGGACUGCGGCCAUGUUUGUGCUCGAGUAUGCCACCCUUAUGACCCCCAGCACAAGUACUACAAGUGUGAGAAACACUGUGAGAGAAAACUGUGUGAUCGUGGACACAAGUGCCCAUUGGCUUGUCACCGUCAAUGCCCAGCGUGUUCGGUGAAGAUUGAGAAGACCAUACCAGGUUGUGGGCACAAGCAAAUGCUCCCUUGUUACAUGGACCCUUCUGACUUCAAAUGCAGGGUAAUGGUCCCCCUCAUCCUCAAGUGUGGACAUACCCAGAGUGAUAACUGCUUCUACAAGACAAAGGACUAUGAGCCUAACUGUUGGACCCGAUGUGACCUACAGCUGAAAUGCGGCCACAGCUGUACUGGUACUUGCUACGAAUGCAACCAGGGGCGCUAUCACCUCCCAUGCUCCUACCAGUGUGAACGUCUGCUCAUUUGUUCCCAUAAGUGCAGGGAACCUUGCACCGGUGAGUGCCCUCCAUGCAAGCUGCCCUGUGAGAACGUCUGCAUCCACAGCAAAUGCAAGAAACGUUGUGGACAACCCUGUGCCCCUUGCGCAGAGCCUUGCGCAUGGCAAUGUCAGCACCAAAGCUGUAGCAAGCGUUGCCACGAAUCUUGUGACCGCCCACCAUGCAUGAAGCCCUGUUCCAAAAUGCUGGGCUGCGGCCACCCCUGCAUAGGCCUCUGCGGAGACAAAUGUCCAAACAAAUGUCGCGUCUGUGAUCAAGACGAGGUCACAGAAAUAUUCUUCGGCUCUGAGGACGAUCCCGAGGCCUACUUCAUUCAACUGGAGGACUGCGGUCACAUUGUUGAGUCCAAAGCUAUGGACACAUACAUGGAGAUGGACCAGAAGUCAGAGGACAAUGAGCAGAUGGUCAUCAAACUGAAAGAGUGCCCCAGAUGUCGCACUCCGAUUCGCAGGAACCUUCGCUACGGCUCUCACAUCAACCGCAGCCUGGCCGAGAUAGAGAAAGUCAAGGAGAAGAUAAAUGGACACAAGAUAGAUAUUGAAACUAAAAGAAACACCAUCAAAGUGCAAUGGGGAACCAAUCACAUGCCACUCCUUAGAUAUUUGCCGUACGAGUGUCAAGAUCAUGUUCGAAGCCAAUUGUCAGAGUCAGAACUCACCGCUAAUGACUUGCUGGGUCUGGAACAUACAAUGCUUUUUAUGGAGAGAGCCGCCAUGCUUCUCAAGAUCCAAAGAAUGGAGAUGACUGGAAACCAUCGCCUCAGUUUCACAGACAAAGUCGAUGUGUUCCUCCAAUGGCUUCUUCACCCAAAUCAGAAAUUCAGUGAACAACAAGUCUCAGAUCUGCAAAAGGAACUGCAGAGACUCACCCUUUUGGCUGAACUCAACGCACGGUGCACAAUGGCAGACGCAAGAGAACAAAUGACAGAAAUCCAGGCUGAGGUAGAUGCUAUCAGGAAGGUUCUGGAUAAGAUUGACUCGUUCACUGAACAAGACGCAGACAAAGUGAAGCUGGCCCUAAAGGAUAUAGAAGAAAAGAUCCCUUACACGGGCCUUGGCAUUAGUGAUAAGGAGAAGGCGAUGGUCGUUUCAGCUCUGAAGUUGCCACCUGGUCACUGGUACAAGUGUCCCAACGGCCAUGUCUAUAUCAUAACGGAGUGCGGAGGGGCAAUGGAGAGCAGACGCUGCCCAGACUGUGAUGCCACUAUCGGUGGACAAAGUCACGCUUUGGCCAGUGGAAACCAGGUCGCCUCAGAGAUGGACGGAGCGCAGCACGCAGCUUGGUCUGAGGGCAAUAAUCUGUUGAAUUAUGGUCAAAUAGACUUUAAUGACUAAAACAUGAUCACCUGUUGGCUGACCAGGUUAUGCAUGUGGGGAUUGUUAAUUGGUUGGUAGGUUGACAGGAUUAGUAGGUCGGCAAGUUAAUUUGACUACUCUAACCUACUCUUUAGUAGUUUUACAUCUUGCAAAAAUUGUCUUAUGCAAGAAUGUUGGCCGAUUAUAUGGGUAUAAUGAUAAGGUCACUAUGUAACUUCAACGCUAUGGUCAAAAUAGUUUUUUAUCUUUUUAGUAACACACAUGCCUAAAAACAGAUGCACACAGUCUAUAAAUAACAUGGCUACACUGGAUCAAUUAGAAAAUAUAUCUUUCCGAAGAGCAGUACAUUUGAAAAACAAAUGAUGAUUUCUUUCUUGUUAAUGCUUGAAGUGUUGUGCUUCAGUUAUUACAUAAACAUAACUGCUUGUACUGCAAUUUAUUGUGUCAACUCUCCACUCAUGAAUCAAAGGACAACUACGUUGGGGAAAAGUACAACCUACUAAAAUAGCAUUGUCAAGGCAAGUAAUGAAAACAAUCACAUUUUAAAUGGAUGUCUUGCAAAGUUACCGAGGCGGGCAAUAAUGGACAAAGAUGCUGACAAUGAAAUAUAAGAAUAUAUUUAUGCUGAAUGAUUAUCUCAUAUAUCAUGUUAAGAUGCUCAAAAAAAAAAGAGAAAUGCUGUCAAAAUAAGGUUUUCCAUCCUGUAAAUAAAACAAAAAAAGGAAAACAAAUGUCAUUUUUUAUUAUGUUUCAGAGAGGUCACCUCUCCGAAGUUCAGCACUGCAAUCAAUUGUGGAAGGUUGAAACCCCUUAAAGAAAACAAAGCGAAUCGGUUGUGUCAACUAGGAGGGGGGAGGGGGAGGUAUAUGAUUUGUGAACUCUGACGUUGCCCAGGGAACAGCUCUGAAAUACUCAGAUACCCUAUAUGUGUGAUGAAUCAAUACAGUCCUCUUACAAUACAGUGCUAAUCAACAACUUUUGGAUAAUAUCACUUAACACAUCUUUAUAGUCUUAAAACCUUUAAGAUUUUCCUCUUAAAGGAAAAUUAUAUUAGUUGAUAAAAAACAAGGUUGUAAAGAUCUAUAAAAUACCUAAAUAAGGUUAAAACAAAAAACGAAAUGACUAUUGGACAAUCAAUAGUAGGCUAAGACUUCAUGGUUCCAAAUACAUGCCAGAAGUGUCGCUGUAAUCUGUUUUAUUUUAAGGGUUUGCUGUCACAGCCUACAGAACCUUUUAUAUUUACAGCUGUAGGCCAAGAGAGACAUUAGCGUUAUAGGUGUUUAUUAAAUGUACAGGGUUAAACCAGUCAUCAAAGCCUCCCUUCCUACCGCCAUUUUGAAAAUGUGUCAUCUCUUGCCACAGUGUAAUAACAGAGAUGGGAACCCCAAAUAAACGCAUUUGAAACCUAACUAUCCCUAUCUAUUCUAGAGGUGGGAGUUCAAUCUAUAACCUUUUUUUGCUUAGCUUUUUUGCUUGAUUAGGAUACGGUUUUAAACUGCAUGUCCCAGUGUUUCCUGUUGCAUAUGAAGAUUGGUGUGAGUCAGGACAAACAUGAUUU